AUGAUUACAAAUGAAUCGGUAGCAGGGGAGCUGAGGGGGAGGCGGGGACGGGGAGGGGGGAGGGGGCGUUGUCAUAGCGACGCGAGACGAUCGAUCCGCCGCCCGCCCGCCCGCGCGCCUCAAUUAAACAAUGAUUCACACUACGUGCGUAAUGCGAAACUGCAAUUAAUUUCGAUACCGACGAAAACCGCGGCACCGCGCAGGGGGGCAUUUCCGAACGACUUACACAGCGGCGGGGCAGAGAGAAUUUUAGAUAAUGCCCCCGAGCACAUGAUUCUAAAUAAACUGACGACCCAG